AUGAGCUGCCAAGCAUUUGCUUCCUCAGACACCUUUGUGCCCUUGAAUUCUGACUCUUCUCCCUCUCUGCCUCUGAUAAUGCAUCACAGCGCUGCAGAGUGCCUGCAGGUCUCCAACCAUACCACCAAUGUUGUGUCUACAGUCGUGUCUGUUUUCUCUUUGCUCCCAACUCGUGCGUGUUGGUGCAUUGGCCUUGCCGCGACAACCGCGAACCCUUGGCCAGGCCUGCACUACUCUGUGCCCUCCUGUCACUACGGGAAUCAACCUUCCACCUACGGGGUGAUGACAGGUGGUCUGACCCCUUGCCUGUACAAGUUCCCGGAGCACGCGCUGAGCGCCGGUUCCUGUGCCCUGGGCCACGGCUUCACGGCCCUGCCCCAGCCCCUGCUGACGGACGAGCCCACUGCCACGGACUUCAAGCAGGAGUUCCGCAGGAAGAGCAAGCCCGUGGAGGAGCCCGUGGACAUGGACUCCCCUGAAAUCAGGGAGCUGGAGAAAUUCGCCAACGAGUUUAAGCUGCGGAGAAUCAAGCUGGGCUAUACACAAACCAACGUUGGAGAAGCCCUGGCUGCUGUGCACGGCUCCGAGUUCAGCCAGACGACGAUUUGCCGGUUUGAGAACUUGCAGCUGAGCUUCAAGAACGCCUGCAAACUGAAAUCCAUCCUGUCCAAGUGGCUGGAGGAAGCAGAACAAGUGGGAGCUCUGUACAAUGAAAAGGUUGGAGUGAAUGAACGGAAGAGGAAGCGCAGAACCACCAUAAGCAUCGCUGCCAAAGAAGCCCUAGAGAGGCACUUUGGAGAACAAAGUAAGCCGUCUUCUCAGGAAAUUAUGAGGAUGGCUGAGGGGCUCAAUCUUGAGAAAGAAGUCGUGAGAGUUUGGUUUUGCAACAGAAGACAAAGGGAAAAAAGAGUGAAGACCAGUUUACACCAGAACGCCUUCAGUUCUCUUAUCAAGGAGCACCAUGAAUGCCGGUGAAGCUUUUCCAUGUACAGAUUUCUGUUUCGCUUUUUGUAAAUAUUGUAAAUACUGUAUUGUUAGAAAAAAGAAAAGAGAAAAAUCAGUAAACCACUCGUUCCUCCUACAUGCUAGCAGCAGCUGUAGCAUGGGAAAGAUUUUGCUGUCAUUAACUGAGGCACUGUGAGCUCACCAGGACAGAGUUGUCACGCUGCUCCUACUGCACACUCUGUCUCAGCCCAACUGACUGAGACUACCUUGAACGGAUGUCAGGUAGAAGUGGCUUGGAUAAUGCUUGUUAUCAAAGGUAAUUCUUGCUAAUUUGUUAUGUGCCUCAAAGUUUGGUUUGGGUAGGCUUAGCUAGACAAACAGGAAUACAAUUUAUCUGACCUUAGGACUUUGUGGCCUGAGGGGAAGAAAAAUAGUUAUUGGGGGUUUUAUUACAUUGGUCUUUCUCUGAAUUAUACUUUCUUCUGAUUAAAACCAUGUGUAGACUUACUUACACAAGAGCUGGUGUGUUAAGCUAAAAAGUAUACAAAAGAAGAAUUUAUUGCACUGCACAUUCCCCCUCUAUUACACCCCACUAAUUGAAAAUAAUCCCUUAUUUGUCAUCCUCUAGCCUAGAGAUAAUCGAGGGGAAAAAAUACCAGUGCCAAAGCUCCACCUAUCAGGCAGGCACUGAGAAAACUGAAUUAAUGACUGUAGUACCCACCAGGGAUAGAUUAUCCAGCCAUCUCAUCAGCCCUGCUAACUGUUAUGGGAAUUAGCCCAUUACCAUAUAAGUAUUUUGACUGUUUUCCCAGGACUGAAAUUAAGUGAGUACACACAAGUAGUACUGGCCAGAUACAUUUUAUUUUCCAUAAAACAAACCUGAUGAUUUAGUAAAUGUCUAUAUAAUAGGCCCACAGAAAGCCAAAAGAGUUUAAUGUUCAAGACCACUUAGGAGCAACAUGUACAAGUUAAGUGCUCACUCUCCAGUGUACAUUAAAUUACCUCUGAUACUUAUUAUAGUGACUGUAAGCAUAUUCAGCAAUGGAAAUCAGGCUCCUGGAUUUCUAAAAAAAAAAAAAUAAAUACAUUUUUAUGCAUGAAUGCACCACUCUAAGCUCUGAACUGAGAAGAAAACUUCAAUUUAAUCACUAAAAGGGGAGAAACUGUGGCCAUGUACUCCCUUCAGGCUGCUUUCAUCACUAGCAUAGCUCACCCGCUAUAGCAGAGACCAAGGUGCACCACAGGUUAUCAGCAGGUCAUGAACUUUACAAAAAAAGUUUCAGCUGAGAGGAUCAGCACUCAGCAAAGUGGUGGCAUGCAUUGGUGUACCUUUCAUGUGAUGUGGUCAAAUGUUAUGUAUGUUGACAUCACUAUCUGGUAUAUAAAAACUAUAUUUAUAUUCUAAAUUAUUUUCUUAAUUAUAAGACGUCCUAGAAAUGCUAUCAGCCUGCACUCCCCAACCUUCUCAUCCAAUAAAGUAUUCCUAUACUUUUGGCACUCCA